AUGAUUUUUAGAAAACCUGAAAAGGCAUACGGGAAUAGAGAAGGGCUAUGUUUUGUAUCGGAUCGACAUAAUAGUAUAAAGAAUGCAAUAGAACAUGUGUAUCCGAGAACCUAUCAUGGUAUAUGUUCGUACCAUUUACUGCAAAACUUGAAGUCACAUUUUGGGAAAUCUGGACAAAACAUUACACAAGCUUUCAAUUCAGUUGUUAGAGCUUACACAUUGGAAGAGUUUGAAUAUCAUAUGCGGCAACUAGACACGAUGAAUCAGAAGAUUAGUACUUACCUAGUAUUGCAUUAUAUGAUAUUACUCAAAGCAAUACAUGUUUGUAGGCUGAGGUUGGUCCAUAUGCCAGAAAAUAGAUAUAUAAUUUGUGACAUGCACCUGAAGACUGUGACUGCUGGGUAUAUACUUGUUUUUCCUUCCAACCAGUCAAUGUUUUCUGUUAGCAGUGAUAAGACAACUUUCGUUGUUGAUAUUGAGAAACAGACAUGCACAUGCAAAAUGCUGCAAGUUGAUUUAUUACCAUGUCCACACGCAUUGGCUGUAAUUGCAAAUACAAAAAGGGAUCCAUAUACUUUCUGUUCUUAUUAUUACAUACGUGAUGCAUACUUGAACGCAUACAAAGACUCGAUAUAUCCAGUUGGAAAUCCAAGCGAAUGGACAUUACCUAAAGACGUUCUACAUGAAAUUGUCUUAGCUCCUAAUCAGAAACGGAGUUGUGGAAGGCCAACUGAGAAAAGGAAGAGAUCAUCCAGAGAAGGGAAACCAAUAGUGAAAUGUGGGCACUGUGGAGGAUAUGGUCACAACCGUAGGAGAUGCUCCAGUCUUGUCCCAUUGAGCCAAUAUUAG